AUGGCAGCGCUUUUAGGACUGCGUGCUUGCGUCUCUGCUCUUCAUUUGUCCUCACCUAGCCUGGUGCAGAGCUCAUUUAAAUUAUGUGCUCUGCCUCUGAGUCGGCGGACCUUUGCUGCAGAAGCAAAGAAAUCUUACAGCAGAGAAAAGCCCCAUGUCAAUGUCGGAACCAUUGGACAUGUUGACCAUGGCAAGACUACCCUAACUGCAGCCAUCACUAAGGUGCUCGCUGAUGCUGGUGGUGCCAACUUUAAAAAGUAUGAGGAAAUCGACAACGCCCCUGAAGAGAAGGCUCGAGGAAUCACCAUCAACGCCUCUCAUGUUGAAUAUACCACAGCCAACAGACAUUACGCUCACACGGACUGCCCCGGUCAUGCUGACUAUGUUAAGAACAUGAUCACAGGCACCUCUCAGAUGGACGGUUGCAUCCUGGUGGUGGCGGCCACUGACGGCCAGAUGCCCCAAACGCGCGAGCACUUACUGCUGGCGAGGCAGAUUGGCGUAGAGCACGUGGUGGUGUUCAUCAACAAGGCGGACGCCGUGGAUGACAAGGAGAUGCUGGAGCUGGUGGAGAUUGAGAUCCGUGAGCUUCUCACGGAGUUCGGCUACGACGGCGACAACACGCCCGUUGUGAUUGGCUCUGCCCUUUGUGCCCUGGAGGGAAGGCAGCCGGAGCUUGGCAUAAAUGCAGUUCUGAACCUUCUGGAGAUUGUGGAUUCUUAUGUACCGUUGCCCAAAAGAGAACUGGAAAAGCCUUUCCUUUUUCCCAUCGAAAGUGUUUAUUCAAUUCCAGGCAGGGGCACAGUAGUUACUGGCACCAUGGAGAGGGGCAUCAUCAAGAAAGGGGAUGAGUGUGAGUUUGUGGGUCACAAUCGCAGCUCCAAAUCUGUGGUUACAGAUAUCGAGAUGUUCCAUAAGUCUCUGGAUCGGGCUGAGGCUGGGGACAACAUGGGUGCUCUGGUCAGAGGCCUGAAGCGGGAGGAUGUGAGGAGAGGGAUGGUGAUGUGCAAGCCGGGAUCUAUCAAGCCUCACCAAAAAGUCCAGGCUCAGGUCUACAUUCUAAGCAAGGAGGAGGGAGGACGACACAAACCGUUUGUUUCCAAUUUCAUACCAGUAAUGUUCUCCCUAACGUGGGACAUGGCCUGCAAAGUCACUCUGUCUUCUGACAAGGAAAUGGUGAUGCCGGGGGAGGACACGUCCUUGAUCCUCACACUGCGACAACCAAUGGUCCUUGAAAAAGGUCAGAGGUUCACUCUCCGAGAUGGCAACAAAACCAUCGGCACCGGCCUGGUGACAGACAUCCUGACGACGACAGAGGAAGAUCAGUGGGUUUAG